AUGAUAUAAUAGUAAAGAUAGGUGUUGAAUGAUAAUGAUUUGCAUACACUAAUAUACAAAGGCGAAAUUGGUAUCAAUCAAUUACUCAUUUCUAGAUUGUCAGGUAUGCAUUUAUUGGAUGUACUCACUAUUGCCAAUUUCUACACUCCUGAUGCCUCGAUUAAGGAACAUUUGUUUAAAACGGCCAAAUAAAAUUACAAAUCAGAUUAAGAAUUCCCAAAAUUAAUUUAGAGAUAUGAAUUAACAUUAGCUAUAAUAGAAAGCGAAUCGCUUAAUGAAAAAUAAUAUAUUUCCCUGUAUGCAACCAUCAUGAAAACUAAGAUUAAGGAAUUCUUCACUAAUCAAAAGAACCAACUAUUUUGUAAUGUCUAUGUACCUCCUCAAUACACCAAAACUUUAACGAUAUUUUGUUAUAGUCCCAAUUUAACAGGAUAUUUAGCCUUAGUUACAACAGAUCAAAUGAAUAAAUUAAUCGCCAUGGAAGAGAUGAUACCAUAAAUGGACAAUGAAGAAUAAGUGAAAUCAUACGCAUUUGAUUAGAUAUUCUAGGAUAAUCUUGUACUACCUUAAAUAAAUACUACUCCAGAAAAGGAUUAGUAGAAAUUGGUAAGAAGACACAAGAAAUCAUUAUCAGAACACUAAAUUUUUGAUUUUUAGUGGGAAUAAAAAGAAUAAUAAAUGAUCACAUAAAUGUAGUCUCUCCCACAAGAUAGAGCAUUAUUUUUUUCAUAAACAAAAUAGUAGGCUUUUAUUUAGGAUGAUUAUCAAUUUCCAUCUUUAGAUUAGAUUAAUACAUUUAAACCAUUUUCUUCAAUUUAGGAAGAAAAGAAAAAAACUGAACCAUCUUCAUAAUAAUAAUAAUCUGCAUUUAGAUAUGAGGAGGGAAUCCCAAAUAUUGAUGAUUUAGAAUUCUUUCCUCCUUUGGAAUUAGUAUCAACAACUAGUUGUCCUCCAUUGAAUAACAAAUUACAGAUGACUGAUUAAAAGAAACAAUUAUCUAAUCCAAUUUAUACUGGAAGACUUAAAUUUUUUGAUGAGUAAAAGAAUUAUGGAUUUAUUGUUAUGGACGAUGAUAAAUCAGAUAUAUUUGUUCAUUUAGAUGAUUUAUAAAAGGCGGGUGUAACUAAAGAGGUUUUGAAGACUUCAAAGCAAGGAUCAUUGUUAAGGUUUUAAUUUAAUUGUAUGGUGUAUGUUGGGAAAUAUAAAAAGUCAAGGAAGGCUGUUGAAUUGAAAUUACUAGCGAACUAAUAAGUGAAUAACUUUAAGGGGAUUGCCUGA